CAAAAACCUUCUUGCUGUGAGACACAUUUCAUUUGUAAGCUACCUAGGAGGUGGAGUCUCAUAAACUGCUUCUUUCCUAGAAUAGGCUACAAUUUGAAAAUAAAUAAAAAAAACGAAAAUGACAAGAUCUAAGACAAGAGCAGCAUAAAGUACAUUUGAAGAUGUCUAGACAUGAUCAUGAAACCAGCUCUCUUCAGCAGCCAGAAUCAGAGUUUGAUCAGUAUGUGGUGUCUAAAUUUCUGAAGAUCAGGCCAGAGGUCUUUGGGAGUUUUGAAAUAGUAUUAGGCAUAGCAGUGUUUGCCUUAACAGUAUGGAAAGGGAUAUAUUACAUUUUGUGGACAUCUAUGAUUUCAGUUUUAAUUGGAUCUUUGAUGGUGUUAGCUGCACAAAAACAUACCAUACUAUGGGUCAGAGCCUCACAAUCUCUAAACUACCUCAAUGCCAUAACAUCUAUUAUCUCCAUCCCAUGUCAUGGGUUUGCAAAUGAUGGUGUGACUCACAUUGUAUUGAUGGUCUGUGAUGCUGUGGUCUUCAUCUUUUCUAUUAUUCUUGCCUCAACUUCCUGUGAGUGCUGCAGAGUGAAGCGAAGGCCGGUUCACAGGCGAAGGCCGGUUCACAGGCAAUGCAGGCCUGGGGUUCAUCAUGUGAACAGUCCUCUGCCUGGUGUGACUAUUGUGUUUGUAACUCAUUCGAACUCUACUGCACCAACAGUUUUCAGUUCAGUUCAAUACGGGCUGCCAUCAGAAUACACACCAGCCUAUACCAGACGACCUGAAUACUGACGGAUAGAAGAUGAUCAGGAUGAUCAAUCAAAGGAUGAUUUAUGUAUUACAUUAUCAAUAUUUUAAAAAUAUCAGUUGUAUUAUGCUUAUGCAUACACUAAUGAGAAUGAAAUUACAGUUGCUCAUGCAAAACAUUCUGCUUUGAAAUCUCAGUCAGUUUAACAUGUUAAGAUUGGGAGGAGCAUGUUUAUAUAACUUAUCCAUAGACUUAUUGUUGGUGCAUAUUUUAUAUUAGUCAUCAUAAAACAUUGUUACAAAUAGUAAGACAUGAGACAUUUUAUCAAAACAGCAACUUGUGUUAUAAAUAAAGGAGCAUAUUUAUGCAUGCUGUAUAUAGCCACAGAAUAGUGUGAAGUCUCAGACACUUUCUCCAUAAAAUUUACUUAGAAGAUGGAGUCUCAUAAACUGCUUUGUUUACAUUUUUUUGUUAAUCUUGAUGACAAUAAUCACUUUAAUUAACUCAGCACAUUCUAAUCUUGUUGGAACUUUCUCAAAAUGUAAAUGAGAAUACAA